AUGUCAGAAAUAGCCCGGACUUCACUAUUUUGUCACUGUCUAUAUGUCAACAACUCGAACAAACAAAUAUGUGAAUGCGACGUUGAGUCGCAGAUUUCAGUCAGGCGAACGGAAGCGUCCUGUUUCCUGUCUGUAGUUGGGUCCUGUACAGCAGCCCGUGCGAGGCUGUCCUGGAGACCCCGCGCUGCCUGCACCUCUAUCGUCUCGGGUGAGUUUGUUACAUUGUAGCAAUUUCACUAUAAAUCUGAAAAACCGCUACAAAGCUGCGACAUCCGCGCGCUGCUGCAGCAAAGGCGCAAACUGCACCGCUGUAGCGAGCGGAGCAACGCGCCGCUGCACCGAGCCCGCAGUUAGAGUCAUUUUCUAGCGAAUUCCCAAGCAUUACCCCCCUGAUCCAAGAGUAUUCCAACAUUAACUCAUUUGGGCUUGCAAGUACGGACAGAUAGCUCGCUACGCAAUUUCGUUUAGACUUCCAAACAGCGUGUGCUGCGCCGUCCCAGCUGAUUAAAGCUGCUGCUGCGCCGAAUACGAGUCUAAACUGAGUCACUCGGUGGUUUGUUUUGAAUGUCAAAGGCUAAAGCUAGCUGUACGGCUGGAUAUUGUUGAUAGCAGGGUUAGCUAACUAGGCUAACCAAAUUCAACCCAGAUGCAUCUAAAUGCUGGAAGUAGAAGCAGAACAUGAACUCGAAACCACUCGUUUAUAAUCAUUAAAACCUUAAAUCUCUCUUGAGGCCAUUUUAUAUCGCAUUUAGUUGGAAAUAGUAAAAAUAUGCAAGCCAGUGUGUGUGAAAACAUCAGCUAGCAUGUAGCAAGCCGCUCGAUGUGUUUCCAUUCAUCUCCUGCGUACUGACUCCUCUCUGACCGAGUAAUGGCUUCAAUCUGCGGCUUCUGAGAGCGGCAACCGGGGAUAUAUCCCCACCGAGAACAAAACAACACGUCUGCAUCGAACCCGAGUCACUUUAAGGCUCCGUGUUUGUCAAAGUGAAGCACAUCUUUUGUUAAUUCGGAGGUGGAUUCAGUUCAGCUCACCGCAGAUAUUUCCAGGCUGAGUGAAGAAAACCGCGCGUUUUCAGUUUGUCCAUUUCAACCCUGUUACUGCGUUUAUCUGUGGACAUUCACCUUUGUUUUAACUCUUCACUUCUCCUUUACAACUAAACCUCAUACUUUAGAAAUAGAUAUAAAUGUGUAUGUUACUGCUAAUGCUGACGGAUCAGUGUUUUACACCAAAGGUUAAGAGACUCCAUCAUUUGCAUUGUGAAUGUUGUGAUUAUUUAUGUUUAACUAUGAAGCCUCUAUGUUUGUUUAUCCUCACAUCAUUACUGACAAUGUAAGCCAGGAAAACUGGUUCUGUCAGAGAAUAAUAGACACCUGGCAUCAACUGAAUAUCAUUGAUUGAAAAGACAUUUCUCACAGAUCAGGUGUCAUGUAGUUCAAAAACAAAUAACAGGUAAAAAGUUGGCCUUUUUCUACUAAACAAAAGACAAAGAACAUUAAAUCAGGGCUGCUAGGCUUUGACAUGUUGUUUUCAAAGUUGUGAACUAAAUGUGUUACUUAUGUGAAUGAAUACAGCACAUACUGAAGAUACCAAGGGUUCAUUAAUAAGUAAAAAGGAAUAUGUGAAAUAAAUAAAAAAAUGUUGGGAAAUGAAAGUGUAGAGGGACAAACGAGCAAGCAAUAAUAAGUAACAGAAAAUAAUAAUAGAGGCACAGUGGUGAUGAUUUUCCAGGAUGAAGUAACACUGAUAAUUGAAGGUGUGUUAAUUAGGACUCAAUAUCUCUUUAUUGUUUGUGUUUAAAUUUUUCAAAGAGAAUAAAAUAGUAACAAAAUUAUUCUUUAUUAUAUUGAAGGUUAAAUUGAUCUCAGUUCAAAGCUGGUUAAAGUAUCAAGUCUCAGUAUUAAUGUGAUAUAUGUCCCUUUUAUAUUGAUUAAGACACUCUCACAGUGUGUAUUCAACAUCGGAAAUAGGUUUAUUCUCUUUAAAAAUUACCUGUGCACAAAGUAAGAAUGAUUCAUGGGGCCAAAGCUUUGCUGAAAUGAUCCUGAGCAUGCCAUUUAAAGUUCAUGAAACAGUUGUUUAUCAUAACAAAACAAAAUUACUUAUUUUUGUACAUAAACAGAGAAUUUUUUUCUAUUUUUUCAAAGGUUGUCAUUGGAUUUGAAUGAUUCCUGCAUGUCCAAAUAAAACUAUGAAUAAGACCUCAAUCAAAUCAUUCAAAGCCCCAACAAGAAGCUUUCAUAUCGCAAAUUUGUGUGUCUUUGUUUGUGCGAUAAUAAUUUGUAUUCUUUAUUAAUGUGUCAUUUUACAGGAGAUUUUUUUAAUUAUUUGAAUUAUUAAUUAUUAUUCAUGUACUUUUGAGUUUUAUUACGAAACAAAUCGUAAAUGAAGUGUUUUAUCUGUAACAGUUGUCAUGGAUGAUGAAGACGGCAGGUGCCUUCUAGAUGUAAUUUGGUAAGCUCUCAUCGACUCUGCAUUUUAUCACCAGCGAGCUUUUGUUUUGCCUUGUAUUCAUAUGAAUCACAUUGUUCUAUCUUACAGUGACCCAGAAGCUCUCAAUGACUUUCUUCAUGGAUCUGAGACCCAUGUGAGUACGAGAGUAAAACUUGUAAAUUAGAGUUUAAAUUGUUGGGUUUGUUGGUUGAUGUGGUUCGGAGUGUGGGGAUCUUACGAGGUCUGUGCAGCACUUCAUUAAGUCACUUUCAGAUAACAUGUCGAUACACACUGAAACCCACUACGCCCCUCACUACUUUAUUUUUCAUUUAACUGCUUUCCUUGCUUACUCGUUGUCUGCUUUUGAUGGCACUGUUUUUUUUAGUCUGCCUUUCCUUAUAUAUAAGUAAUCCAAAUACUAACGCUUCCAACGCUGUGCUAUUCUUAUCACUUUGCCCCUCAGUCACUUGUGUUUUUGGUGGUUCUUUACAAUCUGGGUUCUCUGGACUGUGUUCUUUCCAUUCUUGCCCUCCUCCUCUGUUUGAUGGUCCUUAUGUUUCUCUAUCCUGGUGGCUUUUGCCUGCCUGUGUGGGUGCUUUUGGUUUCUGUCUGUCCUAUCCUGGGUGGGUGUGUCUGUAGUUGGACACUGACGACCUUUUGGAUGGUUCGAGUGACCCCUCCACCUCGUUCUUCUCUACCACUGGGGUGAGUAAAAUCACCCAUCCUCUUCCCUCUGGUUUCUAUCCAUUCAUGAAGCAUGCACCUCCAAGUACCCUCCCUUUUCCACUAACAGAUCAACAAGCUUUAAUUUCCUGCAAGGUGAUGAGAGGUUUCUGUGGGAAUUUCAUGUUUGUGUUUCACUCCUCAAAAUCAGGCAUAGCUCUGUCAAAACUCACCCACCACCUGGUCUCAGUUUUCUUCUCUCCUUCCCUUUCCUUAAGGGCCAUGUACCAGAGGUCCAGCCCGCAGUCCAGCUGUCGGUCAAUGAGCCGGCAGGCCUGCCCAGAGUCAGUGUGGACCUGGACUUCCUUGAAGAUGAUGACAUCUUGGGGGGAUCCCCAGGUGGCGACGGUGGAAGCAAUGGCAUCGGGACAAAUCACGAGCCUUGUGACAUCCUGCAGCAGAGCUUGGCUGAAGCAAACAUCACAGAGCAAAGCUUACAGGAGGCAGAGGCUGAGCUGGAUCUGGGCUCCUUUGGAAUUCCAGGCCUUACACAGGUGGUUCAGACACUGCCUGAUGCCAGCCUCUCAGGGGCUGGGGGCACCACUGUUGGUGUAGGCAUAGGUGUUGGUGUUGGGGGAGCAGCGACAAUUUUCCCUGGGUCUGCCCCGAGCACCACAGCUACUCCUCCUAAUGCCACGGCAGACAUGCUGGGGUCAGUCCUCGCUCAGCAGGGCCUUCAGCUCCAGCCCCAGGUGAUGAACAAGGCCAUUAGUGUUCAGCCGUUUAUGCAGCCUGUGGGCCUCGGAAACGUGACGCUUCAACCCAUUUCAAGUCUUCAAGCUCUUCCUAAUGGGAGCCAGUCUGGACAUUUGGGUAUUGGACAGAUUCAGGUUGUGGGUCAGCCUACAGUCAUGACUAUCAAUCAGUCUGGGCAGCCAAUCCUGGCUAAAGCCAUGGGUGGGUACCAGCUGCACCAAUCUGGGCCAGAGGUAUCAGCUACUGGUCCUCAGGCAGCACUUGGAGGCUCAGGGGGUGGACUUCUGAUACAAGGCAACAAAACCACUUUAGGAUCCCCAGCUUUAAACGGACCAGCUGUUUGUGUCAGCAGCACAAACAGCAGCAGUGGCGGCACAAUGACUGCUCCUGCAGGGCUUGUGGGUUUUAGUGGCACCUCUCUUAGUUCAGGAAUUGGACCUCAGACGCAAACUCAAGGCCAAAUCAUGCAGAACGUGAUCAUUCAGCGCACACCAACACCCAUUCAACCCAAACCCCCCCAGGGGGGAGCCAUUCAGCCUAAAAUCUUUAAACAGCAACAACAGCAGCAGCAGCCACAACAACAAACACCACAACCUUUACAGAAUGAUGCCCACAAGACUCUCGGGCUGCAGCAGGUUCCAGUUUCUGCGGCUCAGAAUGUAGCCUUUCUGACUGGAAAGCCAGGCUCUAACGUUGUCCUGAGCACUCAAGGCACAACACAAGGCCCUCAGUUUCAACAGACCAUAUUCAAACAGCAAGCAGCACAACCAUCCGGCAAACCCCUCAGUGUACACUUGUUAAACCAAUCAGGCAGCAUCGUUAUCCCCUCCCAGACUGUUCUACAAGGUCAGAAUCAUCAAUUUCUCUUGCCACAGCUACAAGCUGGUGGACAGAUCCUGACCCAACACCCUGGUGGUCACAUCAUAACCAGUCAGGGGCCUGGUGGACAGCUCAUUGCAAACCAGAUUUUGACAGCAAACCAGAACAUCAACCUGGGCCAGGUAUUAACUUCACAAGGUCACCCUGGGGCUGCCCACAUCCUCUCUGGGCCCAUUCAGCUUCAGUCCGGUCAGAUGGGAACGCCAACCCUCUUUCAGAUGCCGGUCUCAUUGGCUCAGAGUCAAAACCAGACUCAAACUCAUACGGUCUCAGGUCAUGCCCAGACAGUAAUACAGGGCAUGCCGAUCCAGAACUCCCUGACAAUGCUUAGUCAAGUAGAGGGGCUGAGCCCUGCUGUAAGUCUCCAGCCAGCCCUGCAAGCCCAGCCUGGUGGACUCCCCAGCAGCAGCAGCAGCACAGGAGCAGCGACCAUGACUCAAGGCCAGCCUGGAGAGUGUGUGACUGUGCUGGGUAGCUCCACAGACCAGGCCGCUCACCCCACGCAGCAGCAGCAGCACAUACCGCAGUCCUCUAUCCUCGCCAUGCAACCGUCGUCUUCAGUGUCUGCUGCUUCCACAGUACCCUCCUCUUCUCCGUCCAUGUCCGUGUCCACCUCCUCCUCUGUAACAGCAGUGGGGCUGGUCCCCCCUCAGGCUCAGCACAGUCCAGGGAGGUUACUCUUCACCAACCAGGGCUCGAGUAUGAUCCUGAGCCCGGAGUCUCUUCAGAUGUUCCUGCAGCAGGUCAGUGUUUCAGGAUUCGCUUCAAUUGCGUUCAGUUAACAUUGUCUCUAAAAAAUGAAUAACAUGCACGGAGUGAUAUCUCAGUCUGACCUCUUUGGUUUACUAUUUUACUCCCCCUCCCCUCCAACUCCCUUUCUCCUCCCCUCCUUGGUCCUGAAACGGUAAAUACACUCCUAUCAGGAGCAGCACCACCAAACAGAGAAUGAGUCCACCCCCACAGUGGGCGUACCAGCGUCUGUUAUCGUCAGCAGCAACAACAUCACUGCUCCGGCCCCCGCUGUCCAUGACAGCCAAUUAGCUGACUCUUGGGUGGGUCAGAGCCUCAGCCCUUCCCCUGGCCCCUCCCACAUAACAGCAGUGGUAAAGCAGGUAGAAAUGCCCCUUUAUGUCAAGCCCCACCCACUUGUUGCUGCUGCUGCUGCCACAAUGUUAGGGAUUCUUACCUUUCCCCAUCACUGCUCUCUACUUCUCUCCUGCAUCACUCAUCGCUUUCACACUUCCUGAGCUCAAAUUUUACUCACUGCUUGCAGCUUCUGUUUGUUUCUGACAUCGCUCUCUCUGCUGUAUGUAAAUGCAUUUUCACUCCAGUUGUCUUUAAAGGGAUAUUCCGGCGUAAAAUUGAUUUAGGGUCAAGAACACCAUAACACAGAGUUAGACACCCCCUCGAGAGAUGAAUGUUGUCGACCGCUUCCUCUCUAGUUAUACCAACUUUAGUAAUGACCGCACGAUAGCAAUACAGAGAGCCACGCGCUCAACCAAAACGCCACUCUAUAGCCAAAAAUAAUGCUCAGAACAGCACCUAACUUCAUCAACAGGACAUAUAGGGUCACAGAUAUAGUACUAGCCAGUCCAUUACAGACUACAGUGGGGUGACGCAGCUCAAGGAACAACAUUUAUGAUCAUUUCUUUAUCAUUUCUUUUAAGUAAUAAUCACCAUAUUAAUCUUUUUCACUGCAGACGCGGUAGUUAUUCUGCCUUAGCGUCUCAGUCUGAUUGUAUUUCCAUGAAGAAAUGAUCAUAAAUGUUCUUUACCUUUCCUGUAAUGGACUGGCCCAAAUAAGCGGCUGCUGGAAGAGAGUAGGUGAGUUGUGUUUGGUCUCUUUGCUAAAGAAAUGAGUCAAAGUUAAAAAGAUGUUUGGUGUCUAGUACUAUGUCUGUGACCCUAUAUGUCCUGUUGAUGAAGUUAGGUGCUGUUCUGAGCAUUAUUUGUGGCUAUAGAGUGGCGAGUGCCGGUCUCUCUGUAUUGCUAUCAUGAAGUCGUUACUAAAGUUGGUAUAACUAGAGAAGCAAGCGGUCGGCAACAUUCAUCUCUGGAGGGGGGGUCUAACUCACUGUUAUGGUGUGUUUGAUCCUAAAUUAAUUUUACACCAGCAUAUCCCUUAAAGUGUUGUGUGUCAGCCACUGUGCUCUUUGAAUAAUCAACUACAUGCACCUCUAACAGAGUUUGUACUACCAACUAAGAGCCCACUCAUUUUUUUUUUAACUUACUGAACUAAUUUGGAAUGAUCCUUUUUUUCAUUUAUUAAAACAGAAAAUAAAAACCAUGUUCAUGCUUGAUAGAGGAGCUGCCAAGGUGUAAACUCGAUCCUUUUUUACUAACACUCUGCUGAAUGAAAUCCAAGCGGCUCACCUGGCUUGAUAGACUGAAUUAAACUCACCUUCAUCUGCUGCAUUAUUGCCCAUCGACUUGAUUAGUAACACCACACCUCUCUAUCCUGCACCUGUCAUUUAGACUCAUGUACUAAGAGCGACACAACCCGUGUAACCUUGUCUGACGAGUGUAAUGAUCCCACAACGAUGAUUACAUGCUCCCCUGAUCCCAGUCCUUAAAAAUCUCCGGAUCACCUCCUACUUCACCAUCACGGGCCCUGCAGAUCUUGACUUCUUGCUUCUGUGAACUUAUUUUUCUUUUUUGGCUCGCUAAAUGAUCAUCGUGGCCUUUUGUGUCUAAUCUGCCGACCCUUUUGUUGUUAAAUCUGCUCUAAACGCUAGUCAUGUGUUAGUGAGCUUCUACUACUUUUGUGCGAAUUAUAAAGUCUAACACUUUUUGGUGUUUGUAGUUUUGUUUCUGGGUUGGGCGAUAUUUCAAUAUUUUCUAAAUUCAGAAAAUGCAAAUAUUUUUGCUAUAAAGAGUUUUUAUUAUGCUUAUUUACACCUUAAAACAACAUGCAAACAAAUCCCACACACAUUCAGAACAGAAACACACAACAAAAAAAUCAUCAAAAAACUUCUUUUUAAAUUCAGUAUAAUUAUAAAAAUAUGAUCAUAUUGGUGUGUUUCUGCAAAUUAACAUUUAUACCAAUUAAGAUAUUUUUUUGAAGAGUUUUGUUUGUUUUAUUAAAAAUAGGAAACAAAAUCAUUUAUGAAAUCCUGAUUUAAACUUUAUCGCCCAGCCCCGUUUUGUAUCCAGACUCAGAUUUCAAACCGUAGAAUAAGAGAACAAUUAAGAUCUACUCUGCAUGCACCGUAUUGUUUCUGUUUCUGUGCUUAAUGUUCUGAUUUUCUAAAUACUGUCUGAUUUUUUAAAUUGAAUUUAUUAAGCAUAUCAGUAUUUUGUGGUUCCAAAUCCUCAGGUACCCUCUGGUGGACCGAAGCAGCCCCUGAAGAUCCAGGGCAUGUCCCCUUCACCGGCCCUGACCAGUCACACUACAGCGCCUCCUCCAGUAGCAGAAAGCCCCCAGCCUUCCCAGUCCCCCCUCACUCUGAGCCAGCAGAUCCAGUCACCGCAUCACCAACAGCAGUCGCGCCCUCCCUCUCAGCCUCAGCCACAGACUCAAACCUCCUCUCGCUCAUGCACACCUUCCUCUCAUCCCCCGCUCUUUAUUGUCCACAACCAAAUUGCAGAGUCCUCUCAGUCUGCUCCGCAAGGCCAACCACAGCAGGCGCAGGCCCAGCAGGCGCACAUUCAAGUUCAGCUUCAGCCUCAGCCUCGGCCAGCUUCCCAGCCUGCCCCUUAUCAGCAAGACAUGCCACCUGUGUCCCAGUCCCCCAAACCUCCCCCUGUACCACCUGCACAGCACCAGUUUACCGCUCCUCCUGUCAGCACUUCUGCCGCUGCUGUAGUCAAAGCCCAGGUUCCCGUCCAGGGCCUGACAGCAGAGCAGCAGCACCACCUGCAAUUAGUGGGAGCACAGAUUCAGACCCUGUCAGGCAUCGCCCAGCCCUCACCUCAACAAAAACAGCUGCUGGAUAAGCUGCACCAGGUAUCGUCCCGGAAUAUUUUGGUUAAAUAAGAAGCAUUUUCAUUAAGGUGGUUCAUUAUGAAUUUCUUUUUUGUUAAAUGUCCUUUUUUGUUGUUCUCAGGUCCAGCAGAACAUCCUGCUGCAGGCUAAACAGUCUGCACAGUCCCAGCCUCAACCUCAGCCUCAACCUCAGCCUCAAGCCACCAGUCAGUUCAGCUCUCAGCAAGACGUGCCUGUUGACAAAGUGGUGCUUGCAACAACUUCCAGCACUGGUACACCUGCGCAGCUUCUGUCAGUGCUGCAGCCCGCAUCAGUGCUUGUCAAAACGCCUGCAACAGGUCGGCUGCCGUCCCUUUAAAUAACGCAAACUGACAGGCUGUAAAAAAACGUUGAUGUAUUUGAGUUUCUAAUGUUUUGUUUCUGUUCUUCACAGCACCAAGUGACUUACAGGUAUUCUCAGGAGCCCAAGGGCCAGCUGGAUCUAUGGUGAAUCAGACUGUCACUCCUGCUAGCCUUACCCAGCCUGCCCAGGUGGGUCACAUCAGGGUUUUUUGAUGUAUUUGAACUGGUCAGACGUUUCCCACCACACCGUUCUGGGUUUUUAAAGCGGACUGCAUCAAUUGAUGAGCACUUUUCAAGUCUCCCAUGAACUACAAUUCACACCCACUCACACAUAUUCAUGUGCUGAUAGCACAGGAUGCUGUGGGGAGUAUCUUUCACUAUUAUUAACCCCAUUCACAUACACUUAAGAGCAGUCGGGAGUUUAGUGUGUCCCCCCCAAAGACACUUUGAUUGCAGGGACUAAACCACCAACAAAGACAGUCGACUCUGACUCAGAAACCAGGGUUUUUGCUGGGUCUUAAAAAGUCUUAAAACAUCCAGUAAGUUAAAUUUAAGGCCUUAAAAUGUCUUAAAUUCUCUUAAAACCUCAUAAAAUGUCUUAAAUACAAGUUUGAAUACUGAUGUUACUUACAGAUAAAUAUUGAUUUAAAGUUGGUUUAAAAUGUUCUGAUUUCUCUUCAUGUCUUUUGUACUUUUUUGCCAGUUUGGAUGCAAAAUGGGUCUUAUGUUGUUUUCAUUAUGGUCUUAAAAGGUUUUAAAAAGUCAUAAAAUGUCUAAAAUUCUCUUAAAAACAAAUUAGAACAGUCUUAAAAAUAUUUUUAUGUUAGUUAAAAAUGUUUCUUUAAACUGUUCCCAUUUCUUUUCAUGUCUUUUGUACUUUUUGCCAGUAUGGAUGUAAAAUGGAUCUUAAAUUGUUUUUAUUUUGGUCUUAAAAAGUCUUAAAUUCGACUUUUGGUGAAACCUGCAGAAACCCUGUAAAGUCACCUCUGUUUGAUCUGAUUUUGUCUCAGGUUCAGCCAAAGCCGGGGGUGAUCAGCUCAGUAGGAGGGAUGACUGUGGGGAAAGGUGGGAUGCAGAUCCAGGUGCUAGGAACUAGUCUGACUCAAAUGCCUGCUCCACAGCCCCCAGCUCCGGUACAAACUCAGGUAACAAAAAAACAAAAAAUAAUGAUGCCUAAAAAAUAAAAAUAAAAACGUACUCUACUAUUUUAAAACCUAACCUUUAUUCUCCAUGUUUGUUCACAUGGUAGACAACAACAAUGAAGAUGCCUUUCAGUGCAGAGCCAAGCAAAGAAGCCAGGUGUGUGUCCUGCCUGCAGUUCACCGUCUUUUCUCGAACUCGCUCAUAAAUCCGUUUUUUCUAAAUCCUGUUUCUUUCUUCACAUCCGACCACAGGAUGCUGGAGCAGCUGAGGAAACAGCAGGGUUCAGUGCUUCAUCCAAACUACAGCGCUCCUUUCUGCUCUUUUGAGGACACACUGCACAGACUGCUGCCUUACCAUGUCUACCAGGGAACUGCCAACUCUUCUCAAGACUAUCAGAGAGGUAAUGAGCGCCGCAGCUCACACCGAGGAGGUUAACAGCUCCUGUAAAUGCUUGUAAAUUUACACUCUGGCUCCUCUCGUUCACAGUGGAUGAUGAGUUUGAGAAAGUGUCUUGCCAUCUGCUGAAAAGGACCCAGGCGAUGCUGGACAAAUAUCGCCACCUGCUCUUCGCGGAGUCAAAAGUAAGUUUUUAAACCAGCUUCAUAACCCGUAACCCUUCAGUCCUCCUCUCCUGAAUUGAUUUUGAAGUUUUUGCGUUUGAUGUUUGAACCUGAGCAGAGACUAGGCCCCUCGGCAGAGAUGGUGAUGAUCGAUCGGAUGUUCAUUCAGGAGGAGAAGAUCGCGUUAAGUCAGGACCGAGUUUUAGCCAGAGAGAGACCAGGUACGCUCCCGGAGUCUGUCGACACUCACUGUCCUGUUGUUGCCCUGAUCUUUUUAAACAGUAUCAUGUUUUUCUUUCGUUGCAGAGGAGUUUGUGGCGAACGCACGUAUUUUGGAGGGAGUACUGUCGUCCCAGCAGAAACCAUCUUCUGCUGAGCCCGCCCCUGCAGGUGGAAGUGUCGCAGCUGCUCCCGCUCCAGCGCCCUCCGUACAUCCACCUCCUGCGUCAGCCUCGGCUCCUCUUCCAAAAAUUCCUCCAAAUCCUCCGACUGCAGCCACCCAAGCUCCUGCUCCAGCUUCGACUCCCACUCCCACUCCCGCUCCCGCUCCUGCUCCUCCUCCGACCUCGGCGCCUCCUGUCCCGCUUUCCACCGCCCCUUCCGCCACCCCUUUCCCCCCCACCAAGCUAGUAAUAAAGCACGGUGGCGGCGGAGCCUCUGUGUCCUGGUCCAGCAGUUGCCCCCCUCCUCCGGCUCCGGCGACCAGCCAGAGCUCCAGGGUUCCGGCGGCGAUGUCCUCUCUUCCCUCUUCGUCCCUCAACGCUAAAUCAGCUGAUGACGACGUCGACGCUCUCCCGCAGAGAACCAGCAAACCGCCUAUGAAGACCUACGAGGCUCGCAGCAGGAUCGGCUUGAAGCUGAAGAUCAAACAGGAUCAGACCGGGUUCAGUAAGGUGGUCCAUAACACGGCCUUGGACCCUGUGCACACACCUCAACCUCAGCAGAGCAGCCAGUCCACGCCGCCACCGCCGCCGCCUCAGAGUCAGCCGCGGUUUGAACCCGCUGUGACGCACUCAAAGUCGCACCCUUUACCGACCCCUUCAAACACGGUCAUCAGAACUCAGUCCCCUGUCUGUACGGCGCCCUCCGCCUCACCGGUCACCACGACGACCACUCAAAGUAACCAAUCGCUGAGAGGUAGUGUGACCCACAACGCCGCCCCAUCUUCCACCUCCACCUCCUCCCAUACUUGGUCAUUCUCCACGUCGUCUUCUUCUUCUUCUUCUUCCUCCACCCAAAUGAACGGCACGUUGGAUCAUCACGGCGGCGGAGGUGGAGGAGGAGGAGCCAAACACAACUCAAACUCCACUGCCACUCCCUCUCAGACCACCUGUCGACUCCCCCUUCGCAAAACAUACAGAGAAAACGUCAGUCCCCGAGUCCGACCUGGUGUCCCUGGGGGAGGAGAUGAAAGUUUCACCUACCACAGACCGACGCCGUCACCCCCCAGGCACGAGGCUUCCUCUCCGCCCUCAGAAAGGACAGUGAUAGCGAGCGUGAAGGUGGAGAAACGGAGCAGGGACGCCUCGCACAUUCACACAGAACCAAGCCACGAAACAGGCCGCUAUGGGAGUGCAAUGACGGGGCUGGACGAGAUGGACGAGGUGUUUAACCGUGGGAUCAAAACCACGCAGCAGCAUCAUCUUCCUCAGCUCCUGGAGAAGGACGGGACGAAGGAGAAAGGGGAGGAGCGCGCUGACCAAGAGAAGGACGUAGGGAAAUACAAACGGGCGAGCGGAAAAAACAGACACAUGGCAGGUGGGACAUUCAGAAUGGACCAGCACGCCCCUGGGCCUCCCUCUCCUGAGUCCUCUUUCACUCGAGACUCUUUGCUUCCUGCCAAACGCUGCAAGUCGGACUCUCCCGACAUGGAUAACGCCAGCUUCUCCAGCGGCAGCCCCCCCGACGACUCUCUAAACGAGCACCUGCAGUGCGCCAUCGACAGCAUCCUGAACCUGCAGCAGGAACCUUCUGCCCGCGGACAACACAUGAAAGGGGGCAACAGCAGGCCCCACCAACACCAAAGCCAGCGCCCGGGGGGCUCAGCAGCCUCAUCCCACAGACCCUCAGUCCCGCCCUCCUCUUCAUCCUCGUCCUCCUCCUUGGCCCAGCACCCUCAGGUCGGUGGUCGAGGCCAUAACGGCAGCCUAGUGCCCCAAACUCAAAGCAGAUAACAGCCCCUCAGCCAAAGGCCAGACUGACAAAAGGGGAACUGAGAGACAGACGUGGAGGCGGGGGAAGAGGGGCACUGUGAACGCAGUAAAACUGUAACUCUGCCAAGCUGUGUGUUGGUUGUUUGUCCAUUUGAAUUGUCCAGACAUUUCUGUGUCGUUUACAGCCUGAGCUAGACCUGCGGUCAAACGGCGAGAGCGUGGUCACAGGUGACACUAUCUUUGUGAAGUGCAGACAUAUUUCUGUUUGUGUUUUCUCAGCCAAGAUCGAGCGGUUACAUGAAACGGUCAUCUCUCUCUCUUUGUCCUCUAACCUUCUUCUUCUUCUUAUUAUUAUUAUUAUUAUUAUCCACUAUUCAUACAUUCCUUUAAAUCGACCCCACAGCAGAUCAUCUCCUGGUUUCAGCGAUGAGACAGUGAGCAUCAGGCAGCUAAAUCAAGCAGAUCAGAAGUCAGAAACUUUCCUUUGGUCGGAUACUUAGAAAUUGGGGAAUCAGAGUUUAUACUGCAAAACACCGUAAUACUUGGUGUCUUUGCAAAAUGGGAUUUUGGCUUACAGUAAAAUGCUGCCCCCACAGGAGAAAGUGGAACAAGUUAAAAUGUUAAAGUGUCCACCUCUAAUAGAGACAGACUAUUUCUGAUAUUAAAUAAUUAAACAUGCUAAGUAGGGAUGUCCCGAUAUGAUAUUGAUAUCGGAUAUCGCUCUGGUAUCAGCCAAAAAACAAAUAUUGCAUUUAAUAUCAGCUCUCCGAUACAAGCAGUCCAUUCCAGACUCUUCUCUGGCACCUCAAACUACCAACACCCGGUUCCAGCUUGUAGAGCCCAUGUGAUCACAACAACAGUGUGUACUAAUGCUGCGUUCCAGUUACCUCUGAAGUCAGAAGUCGGAGCUGAA